AAUUCUCGACACAUUGCUAUGAGUCUAUGACCAUUUUGACCAAAACCCUCCUUUUGCUCCGCGGCUCCGCCUAGCUUGCUCAGUUGCUCGUGCUCGCUUUUACAGUUAGCUCCUCCCCGCAACGACGUAGCCGCCGCUGCUUCCAGGCGUGAAUAGUAGGAGCAGAAGAAAAAUGAUAAAAAGGCGAUUUUACAAGCUUGAACAUGGUGAUAGAGAUGCUCCUUCCGAGUCUUCUUCAUCUUCCUCUGACUCUGAAGCAGAGGCAGAAGGAAUGGAAGAAGAAGAAGAAGAAGAAUUAGAAUAUGAUGACGAAGAAGACGAAGAACAGGAAAUUCACUCAGAAGAAGAAUAUGAUGAUGAUCACAAAGAUAAUGAUGCCGUCACUGAAAUGAGAAAGAAAAAUGUGUCUGUUUCAUCACCAUCCGGAUAUGAGAGUGAAGAUAGCUCUGAAAAUGAAGUUAAGGAUGACAAAUCAGGGCUGCUGACAAGUGAUGAUGACAUUGGAACUGAAAUUGACCAAAAAAGGAUUAGUCAAACUAUGCCUGAAGAGCGUGAUAUCCUUUGUGGAAAUUCAGAUUACAUCUUGAAAUGUAAAUCUGUUUUCAAGUGCCGGAUAUGUCCUAGAGUAGUAUGCUUGUCAGAUGAAACCUUGCGUACUCACCUUAACUCCAAAAGACAUGCCAGAUCUGAGAAAUUGCUAAAAGAAGGUAGGCUAAAGCUUAUGCUCGAUGACCGUGGGAAGAUUGAUGUAGAGGAGGAGCAUUCUCCAAAGAGAGAGCAAAACAAAACUGAGACGACAAGAGCCAAAGGAUUCAAGAAGCAGAGGCUGGGGAAGGGAUCAAAGAAGGAAAAUGAACAAUAUGCAGGCACACAAACUGAACGACAUAGGAAAAAGAACCAAGCCAAGAGGAGACGGAAAGAUGACAGAUAAAAAGUGUGAUUAGCUCUCACUUUUUAUGCUGUGGCCAAGUAAAAUGGAUUUUGUGUUUUCCAAAAUUAAAGGAAGAGUAAUAUGUUGAAAUAUAUUUAAUUGAGAGUAGUAUUAUGUGAUUUUGGGUCAAAUCGAUUUUGUCAGUGGACAUGUUGAGAUGAACUUUAGAUGGGAGACUAGGAUUAAUUUUAAUGUGACAGAAAUUCUUCAUACCAUCUGAUUUUCUUUUCUUUUUCUUA